UUAUCUAACAGGUGCUACAUGUAUAAAACACUGGAUUCUUGUGCUCUCACAGUACCGCGUCUCUCUCUCGCUCUCUCUCUCUCUUACACACGCUCACAGUGAAGCCCACCUCUUGCUUGCCCUCCCCCAAUGUGUGUCAUCAUGACACGGUGCUUCGAAACACACUUGACAAGCACAGGAUUACUCACACCGGUGCUAAGCUUGGAAGAAGCCAGACAUCGACACGGCAAUGUGCAAUUUUACCACUCAGCUUUUCUCUGAACUGAAUUCUUCAGCUUCUGAACGCAACAUCGAGAAACUGAUCUAACCAUGCUCGAGAGAGACUGGAGUGGAUUCCUACAAAUGCAGCAUGCCAUCACUGCUCACCUGAGAAGCAUGUGACCUGCAGACUUUCUGAACCAGGUAAAUUGGAGAUGUUUGUUUAGCCACUUUAUCUCCAUGUGGCUGAAAGACAACAGAUGAGACCGGGCGCCGCAGGUGGGGUUGUACGAUGAAUGACUCCACUUUUUCGUUGGCAGAAGGUGUGGAUCGUAACAUCAAUGGAAGUGGUCUGUGGCUCCUGGCAGUCAUUAUGUCCCUCAUUAUUCUGGUGACAGCUUGUGGGAACAUCCUGUUGAUAGGGCUUGUGUUCGCCCACCGCUCAUUGCGCUGCACGUCAAACUGCUUCCUCGUGUCCCUCUUUCUAUCUGACUUGAUGGUAGCUCUGGUGGUGAUGCCACCUGCCAUGCUGAACGUGCUCUGCGGCACCUGGGUGCUCUCUCCCGGGUUCUGCCCGGUCUGGCUUUGCUUUGACGUCAUGUGCUGCAGCGCCUCCAUCCUGAACUUGUGUGUGAUCAGCCUGGACCGCUACCUCUUCAUUAUCUCUCCAUUGCGUUACAAGCAGCGCAUGACCCCUCCCCGGGCUUUGCUGCUCGUGGGUGGUGCCUGGGGAUUGGCAGCACUAACUUCCUUCCUGCCAAUAGAGAUGGACUGGCACAGUCUGGGCCGUAUGCAGGACCACUCCGGGAAUGGCAUGAUCAACACCACAGUCCCAUGGUUGAGCUCCUACUAUCCACCGUCAUACUUCCAGCUCUCCAACUCAGGCACACUGUCUUUACAAUGCCAUCUGCGAGUCACUCUGCCUUUUGCCUUGGUUGCCACUUUCCUCACUUUCUUCCUUCCUUCGACGGCCAUUUGUUUCACUUACUGCCGCAUCCUGCUGGCCGCAAGGAGGCAGGCACGUCAAGUAGAGGCUCUCACAUAUCCUCCAUACCCGCAACAUUCACCUGGAGAACCGUCCCGUCCUCCGUCACUCGGACACGCUGCUCAAGAAGUAGAUGACUACAGCCACCAGGAUCCUCCAGUAAUGCGCCAGGCUCCGCUCUCGGUAAACAGCGAACGGCGUCUGGCUCACAGGCAGGGGAAGAAGGCGCUGAAGGCUAGUCUGACACUGGGAGUGCUGUUGGGACUGUUCUUCAGUGCAUGGCUUCCCUUCUUCAUCACCAAUAUGGCACAGGCUGUGUGCGAGUGCGUGCCUCCUUCUCUGUUUGAUGCCAUUACUUGGCUAGGCUACUGUAACAGCACCAUGAACCCUAUUAUCUACCCACUUUUCAUGCGGGAUUUUAAGAGAGCCUUGGGGCGACUGUUGCCAUGCUGCUGUACCUCUCACAUCCCCAGACGUCCGUCUCCUCCACUCUCUCUUUCUCUGCGCAAUUCAGGAGAGCCUCAAUUACAGAUAGAGCCACCAUCGACUGCUUCCGAACCGCCACAGCCUCCUGCUACAGCCACAGACGCCGUAAACCUGCUUGAUGCCGAACACGCCGAGAUUCACCUGCCUUUACUUCUGCCCAACCAGGUAGAUACGCUAGACUGAGGGUGCUCCUGCUGAUAGACUGAGCAAAAAUACUACCAAACAAAAAAAAAAAAACCCACUGUGGACAUAUGAAUGCACAUACCUUACACACAAUAGGAAGAAAACAUGGCGGUAACAGAAGUGUUAACAUUCUAUUAAGGCCGCAUGUUGAAAUCAUCAUCCUUGCCAAAACUGUGUGGGGGCGGUGUUAAGACAACCAAACCAAGACAACAUCACGAUUUGAGGAUGAGCAUGCACAAAGCCUAUGAUGCAUUUAAAACUGAAUUACACAGGCAGCAACAAACCUAUUGCUACUAGCAUUGCCAUAACAACCACAACAACAGAUGGAAGACAAGAUGAAAGUGAAAGAAAUGAACGAAUCGAUACCAUAAACUCAAGUG